GUUUGUGAAGUAUAUAGCGGUAGGCUUAUGUGGCGCUCAGCAGGCUCCAAGAGAUAUUGUUUAGCUUGGUGUAAGUUUUCAACUGAAAGAUUGCCAGAGCUACAUGAACUGUAGCUUUUAAGGUACUGCUUUAACCUAUUCUACUGUUAGAACGCAACGAAACAAUAUGAAAAUCCCCAGAGUUCGAGAGGUCAAGAAGCGGAACAAGCCGUGUGAGAAGCCUGUAAGAGUUCAAGCUCAUUUAACCUUCAUGUACAGAACUCACAAAGAGAUCUGCCCAGUGAACAGCAAGUUUCCUGGAGUGCCAAGGCGUCUUUCAACAGAAUAUUGUCAACAGGUGGGGCUUGAAGCUGCAAGGCUUUCGAAGAUGAACAGGUGUUGUGUCAUCUCUCGGGUCGAGAUGCAGUUUAUGCUGCUGUUCAGUCGGCAGGGCAAGCUCAGGCUUCAGAAGUGGUAUGUGCCCCUUUCUGACAAGGAGAAGAAGAAGAUUACCCGAGAGCUGGUGCAAACAGUCCUGUCUCGGAAGCCUAAAAUGUGCAGCUUUUUAGAGUGGAGGGAUCUCAAGAUUGUUUACAAGAGAUACGCCAGCCUGUACUUCUGCUGUGGCAUCGAGGAUCAGGACAAUGAGCUCAUCACUCUGGAGAUUAUCCACAGAUAUGUAGAGCUUUUGGAUAAGUACUUUGGCAGCGUGUGCGAGCUAGACAUCAUCUUUAACUUUGAGAAGGCCUACUUCAUCCUGGAUGAGUUCCUGCUCGGGGGUGAGGCCCAGGAGACCUCCAAGAAGAACGUGUUGAAGGCCAUCGAGCAGGCAGACCUACUGCAGGAGAACCUAGAUUUUCAGAUUCGCCUAUUUCCAGGUAUGCUGAACCCCAAUACGGCCUCUGAAUCCUCAGGUCUUUUUCAGAGUUAGACCCAGAUGAGCCACGACAUGAGUACUUUAACGUGCCCGUCUACUGAACGGCUGCCAUCACCGCUGCUGCUGCUGCUGCCGCCACUGACUCCGCCCACCCUGCAUGCUGAGCCCCUUCCCCCUCUGUGCCUGGCUCCUCCCCCCCUCUGUGCCUGGCUCCUCCCCCCUCUGCCCCAAGCAUCCGCCUCACAUCUUCACUGGUCUAUUCCACCCCACACACAACGCUGUUGGGUACACAUGUACUCAUGCAGGUUCAACCCCUUCCUGUGAUUUCCAGUGGUCAGUUUUGCUCUGUAAAUAGUCCAUGGCUUGAAGUGUAAGAUUCCCCUAAUACACAUUCUCUAUUCAGUGAGAUGCUUAAUUUGUUUUUUGUUUUUUUAACUAUCAUGGCCAUGGUUUUUUUAUUCAAUUUUUUUUUAUUUGUAUGUAUGUACCUGUCAAGUUAUGUGUUUUUUUUAGGAUCUGUUUGUUAUUAACUGUAGAUUGUUUACAAAAGGUCAUUAGGAACUAGUCCCUUUCCUGACCCUCUGCAUCCCUUGUCUGUUGAGUGGAUUUGACCAUUAUCCUUCAAUUUAUCAAAUCAAAAAUGUCAAAUCUAAUUUUAUUUGUAUACCCCUUUUCACAUUAUCCCAUAAAAUCUUAUCUAAAGAAACCUAUCCUAUUGUAUUUAAAAUCAGAAAGUUGCAUAUAGCAUUAUUCAUGACAUCGCUUAAAUGUAGUGCUAUAGUCUUAUUUAAAGUUUAAAUAACCUGAAAGUUAGUUUUCUGUUUGCACUGCUUAACCCAAGACAUACUAUUUGGUUUGAUUUGUCAUACGACUGGAGAUAAGGCUUAUAUUUGAAUAAAACCUUAUCGUAGUCAUGUUGGCCUGCUGUUAUUGUGUCUUAAUAAAUUAACACCUCGUUGAUUGAA